AUGACACCACUUGAACAAAAUCAGAAGCUCACAAGUCAGGAGUAUGACCAGCAUUGUGGCUUGCAGGAUGAUGCACUGUUGAGUGAUAUCAAAGGUUAUCAGAGACUGAUAGGAAAAUUGCUAUACUUAACACUAACCAGACCAGACAUUGCAUAUAGUGUUCAGACCUUGAGUCAGUUUAUGCAAAAUCCUAACAAGUCUCACCUAGAAGCAGCACACAGAGUUGUAAGAUACAUAAAGAAUGAACCAGGUCUGGGAAUCUUAAUGAGUGCAGAAGGAAGUGCUUCUCUCACAACAUAUUGUGAUGCUAAUUGGGCCAGUUGUCCAAAUUCAAGAAAGUCAGUGACUGGCGAUAUUAUGAAAUUUGGACAGUCAUUAAUCUCUUGGAAGUCAAAGAAAUAA